AUGGCUACGUCCUUGGGUAAAAGAAUUGUCUUCACCGGGGGUUCAGGGAAAGCUGGACGACACUGCAUUCCGUAUUUGUUGAACAAAGGACACCAAGUCCUGAAUUUGGAUCUGGUGGACUUCCCGAAAGACCAUAUCCCUCCUGGAAAGAGUGUCUACACAUUGAAGACCGAUUUGACAGACGGCGCUCAAGUGUUCAAUGCAUUAUCAUCUCUAUUUUCGAUGAGCGAGUAUGGUCUUCCGAAGCGUCCUGGUCCUCCCGACGCUGUCAUUCACUUUGCGGCAUAUGCCCGAAACCUGAUUGUGCCAGACAGCGAGACUUUUCGGGGCAACGUCAUGAGCACAUACAAUGUGAUCGAGGCUGCUUGCAAGUUGGGUGUGAAAAAGAUUGUUAUUGCAAGCAGCGAGACGACCUACGGCGUUUGCUUCACGCAGGGAGACGACGACUACCAUUCCUUCCCGCUCGAUGAGGAAACUUACGAUCGAAACCCAGAGGAUACGUACGCCUGCAGCAAAUUGACUGGAGAGCGGAUUGCACGGACUUUUGCCCGACGUUUCAAUAUCGAUAUCUACGCUUUGGUGAUUGGCAAUGUGAUUGAACCACACGAAUACGAGAGGGAUUUUCCCCGACAUGUAGGCAAUCCAGAAACGAGGAAAAGAAAUGCUUGGAGCUACAUUGAUGCUCGGGACCUUGGUCAAAUUUGUGAUUUGUGCGUCGCAAAGAGUGGGCUAGGCUUCCAGGUAUUCAAUGCAACCAACGACACUAUUACAACGGCAGUGCCGACCGAGGAGUUCUUGAGAAAGCACUGUCCCAACACGCCAAUUACGCGGAAGAUGGGUGAGUGGGAGGCGCCGCUGUCCAACAAGAAGAUCCGAGAAGUUUUGGGAUUUAAGGACGUCCACGACUGGAGGAAGUAUUACGCUCACAAAGAGUAA